GGGCCCGCGGGCGGGGGGACCGGCACGGGGGGAACGGCAGCUAGGGCAGCCACCAUGGAGUUCCGCCGGGAGGAGUUUCGGAAGCUAGCGGGUCGCACCCUCGGGAGGCUGCAUCGGAGGUUUUGCCCUGGACUCCUGUGUCACAGGGAGGAGGGGGCUAGGGCCCUGGACGUCUGAGUCUGACUCUUGCUGCCCCGCAGCCUUCUGGAGAAACGUCAGGAAGGUGCAGAGACGCUGGAGCUGAGUGCUGACGGGCGCCCGGUCACGACGCAGACCCGGGACCCGCCGGUCGUGGACUGCACCUGCUUUGGCCUCCCUCGCCGCUACAUUAUCGCCAUUAUGAGCGGUCUGGGCUUCUGCAUCAGCUUUGGCAUCCGCUGCAAUCUGGGUGUGGCCAUUGUCUCCAUGGUCAACAACAGCACGACCCACCGCGGGGGCCACGUGGUGGUGCAGAAAGCUCAGUUCAACUGGGAUCCAGAGACUGUUGGCCUUAUACACGGCUCCUUUUUCUGGGGCUACAUUGUCACCCAGAUCCCCGGAGGAUUUAUCUGCCAAAAAUUCGCCGCCAACAGGGUUUUCGGCUUUGCUAUUGUGGCUACAUCCACUCUAAACAUGCUGAUCCCCUCGGCUGCCCGUGUCCACUAUGGCUGUGUCAUCUUCGUGAGGAUCCUGCAGGGGUUGGUAGAGGGGGUCACGUACCCAGCCUGUCACGGGAUUUGGAGCAAAUGGGCCCCUCCUUUAGAGCGGAGUCGCCUGGCGACAACAGCCUUUUGCGGUUCCUAUGCUGGGGCGGUGGUCGCGAUGCCUCUCGCAGGGGUCCUGGUGCAGUACUCAGGAUGGAGCUCUGUGUUCUACGUCUACGGCAGCUUCGGGAUCUUCUGGUACCUGUUCUGGUUGCUCGUCUCCUAUGAGUCCCCGGCGCUGCACCCCAGCAUUUCAGAGGAGGAACGAAAGUACAUCGAGGAAGCCAUCGGCGAGAGCGCCAAACUCAUGAACCCCGUCACGAAGUUCAACACACCCUGGCGGCGCUUCUUUACGUCUAUGCCAGUCUACGCCAUCAUUGUGGCCAAUUUCUGCCGCAGCUGGACUUUCUACCUGCUCCUUAUCUCCCAGCCUGCCUACUUCGAAGAAGUGUUCGGCUUUGAGAUCAGCAAGGUAGGCCUGGUGUCAGCGUUGCCCCACCUGGUCAUGACCAUUAUUGUGCCCAUCGGAGGCCAGAUCGCUGACUUCCUGAGGAGCCGCCGUAUCAUGUCCACCACCAACGUGCGCAAAUUGAUGAACUGUGGGGGCUUCGGCAUGGAAGCCACGCUGCUGCUGGUGGUCGGCUACUCGCACUCCAAGGGCGUGGCCAUCUCCUUCCUGGUCCUCGCGGUGGGCUUCAGCGGCUUCGCCAUCUCCGGGUUCAACGUGAACCACCUGGACAUUGCUCCACGCUAUGCCAGCAUCCUCAUGGGCAUCUCCAAUGGCGUGGGCACGUUGUCGGGCAUGGUGUGUCCCAUCAUCGUGGGCGCGAUGACCAAGCACAAGACUCGGGAGGAGUGGCAGUAUGUGUUCCUAAUUGCCUCCCUGGUGCACUAUGGGGGUGUCAUCUUCUACGGGGUUUUCGCUUCUGGAGAGAAGCAGCCGUGGGCAGAGCCUGAGGAAAUGAGUGAAGAGAAGUGUGGCUUUGUUAGCCAUGACCAGCUGGCUGGCAGCGAUGAAAGUGAAAUGGAGGAUGAGGCUGAGCCCCCCGGCGCACCCCCUGCUCCCCCUCCCUCUUAUGGGGCCACACACAGCACAGUGCAGCCCCCAAGACCCCCACCCCCUGUCCGGGACUACUGAUCAUGUGCCUCACACUGAAUGGCAGUUUCCAGGACCUCCAUUCCACACAUCUUUGGCCUGAGUGACAGUGUCAAGGAACCCCGUCCCCUCAGUCCUGCCUCAGGCCUAAGAAGCACUCUCCCUGGUUCCCAGUGCUGUCAAAUCCUCUUUCCUUCCCAAUUGCCUCUCAGGGGUAGUGAAGCUGCCGAAUGGCAGUUUCAAGGAUACCCAAAUUCCCCUAAAGGUUCCCUUCUCCACUUUUCAGGGCUUUAUUUGAAUGGACAGUUCAAUCUCUCUUUCUGUGGUUUUGAGGCACCUCCCCACUUUCCUUUAAUCCCAAGGACCCUGAGAUUACUCAUCCUCCCUUCUUUCAGAACCACUCAAGUUCUUCCACUAGAAGUUUCAAAUCUCUCCUAACUCUGUUCUGCAUUUUCCAGGUUGGUUUAACCAAUCACCCAUCCCCACCAUUCUAGAGAUUGAUUCUCACCAGCGUUUCUGAGGGAAAAUGGUGGUUUCAAACGCCCCCCACACACACACACCUCUUCACCCCUCCCUCCACCAGCAGAUUCUGCUGAAGCACCAAAUCCCCCAGACCUUCUCCCUAGCUUAGCACAAUGUCUAAGGAAACAACCAAAAU